AUUCAAACUCCCCGUGCUCUCUCUCCCUCUCGUCUUCCUUCGUCUCCAACUCCAUCCCAGGGUUUCACACAGCGCCGUUCACCACCACUUUCUCCCUCUCAGCCGCCCUCGCCCCUCACAGAUCUACCUAUAAGUCAUGGCAAUGGAAGUCACUCAUGUUCUUUUGAGCGCGCAAUCUAUAGAUGGAAAUGUAAGGAAGCAAGCAGAAGAUAGUUUGAAACAGUUUCAAGAGCAAAACCUUCCUAUUUUCCUGCUAUCACUCUCUGGGGAGCUAGCCAAUGAUGGUAAACCUGCUGACAGCCGUAAGUUAGCAGGGCUUAUUCUAAAGAAUGCAUUGGAUGCCAAAGAACAACAUAGGAAGGCUGAGCUUGUCCAGAGAUGGCUAAUGUUGGAUGCUACAGUGAAGGCUCAGAUUAAGUCUUGCCUAUUGAAGACACUUUCUGCUAUGGAAGUCGAUGCUCGAUCUACUGCAUCACAAGUGAUUGCCAAGAUUGCAGGUAUUGAGCAUCCCCAGAAACAGUGGCCUGAGUUGAUUGGCACACUUUUGUCAACUAUACAUCAGUUGCCAGCUCAUGCUAAGCAAGCUACUUUGGAGACUCUUGGUUAUUUUGGUGAGGAAGUAUCUCCUGAUGUCGUGGACCAGGAGGAUGUGAACAAGAUUCUCACUGCUGUGGUGCAGGGGAUGAGUGGUUCUGAAGUAAAUAAUGAUGUCAGGCUUGCUGCUAUUCGUGCCCUUCACAAUGCACUUGCCUUUGCUCAAGCUAAUUUUAGCAACGACGUAGAGCGUGAUUAUAUCAUGAGAGUUGUAUGCGAGACGACUCAGUCCACAGAUGUUAAGAUCCGGCAGGCUGCUUUCGAGUGUUUGGUCUCCAUUUCAACAAUGUAUUAUGAGAAGCUGGCCCCUUACAUUGAGGAAAUAUUUAAGAUCACAUCAAAGGCAAUGAAGGAAGAUGAGGAGUCGGUGGCUCUUCAGGCAGUUGAGUUUUGGAGCUCAAUAUGUGAUGAGGAAAUUGAUAUCCUGGAAGAAUAUGGAGGUGACUUCAGUGAAGCAGGCUCUAACAUACCUUGCUUUUACUUCAUCAAGCAGGCUCUUCCUGCUCUCAUUCCUCUCUUAUUGGAGGCGAUCCUGAAACAAGAGGAAGAUCAAGAUCAAGAUGAAGGUGCAUGGAACAUUGCAAUGGCUGGAGGCACCUGUCUUUAUCUGGUUGCACGCACUGUAGGUGACGAUGUUGUUCCUCUUGUAAUGCCAUUCAUUGAACAAAAUAUCACAAAGGAAGAUUGGAGACAAAGGGAGGCUGCAACUUAUGCUUUUGGAUCAAUCUUGGAGGGGCCAUCCAUCGAGAAAUUAACGCCCAUCAUUACUGUGGCUUUGAAUUUCAUGCUGACUGCCCUAAUGAAGGAUCCAAAUAACCAUGUGAAAGAUACCACUGCUUGGACUCUUGGUCGUAUUUUUGAGUUUCUCCACGGGUCGGAAAUUGACACCCCUAUAAUUACGCAAGAGAAUUGCCAGCAGAUCAUCAUGGUUCUGCUUCACAGUAUGAAGGAUGCACCAAAUGUAGCUGAAAAGGCAUGUGGUGCCCUUUAUUUCCUUGCCCAGGGCUAUGAAGAUGCAGGGGCGUCCUGUCCUCUUACUCCCUGUUUCCAGGAAAUUGUGCAGUCCCUUCUCGCUGCUUCUCAUAGAGAAGAUGCUGCAGAGUCGAGGUUAAGGACUGCUGCAUAUGAAGCCCUGAAUGAAGUUGUGAGGUGCUCGACCGAUCAAACAGCACAUCUGGUUUUGCAGUUAGUUCAUGUCAUCAAGGAUGAGCUUUUGAAAAGCCUCGAAGGACAGGGAAUUGUGUCUGAGAGAGAGAAACAGGGUGAACUGCAGGGUCUUCUUUGUGGAUGUUUACAGGUGAUCAUUCAAAAGCUGGGAGCUUCAGAACAAACCAAAAAUGCUUUGAUGCAGCAGCAUGCUGAUGACAUAAUGAGACUCUUCCUCAGUGUUUUGGGUUAUAGAAGUGCAACCGUUAGUGAAGAGGCCAUGCUAGCUAUUGGAUCACUUGCCUAUGCAACAGGUCCAGAUUUUGAAAAAUAUAUGCCGGAGCUUUUCAAGUAUUUGGAGAUGGGGCUUCAAAAUUUUGAGGAGUAUCAGGUUUGCUCUGUCACGGUCGGUGUUGUGGGCGACAUCUGCAGGGCCUUGGAAGCUAAAAUCUUGCCUUACUGUGAUGGGAUCAUGACUCAACUCCUCAAAGAUCUAUCGAGCAAUCAGCUGCAUCGAUCCGUGAAGCCUCCAAUAUUCUCUUGCCUUGGUGAUAUUGCAUUGGCCAUAGGUCCAGAUUUUGAGAAGUAUCUAAUGUAUGCCACCCCAAUGCUCCAAAGUGCUGCGGAGUUGUCCUCACACACCGAAGGUGCUGAUGAUGAAAUGAUUGAGUACACGAAUGCACUGAGGAGUGGGAUUUUGGAGGCGUAUUCUGGAAUCCUUCAAGGUUUUAAGAGCUCGACCAAGACACAGCUCUUAAUUCCUUAUGCACCACAUGUGCUUCAGUAUUUGGACAGCAUAUACAAGGGAAAGGACAUGGAUGACUUGGUGAUGAAAGCUGCAAUCGGUGUGCUUGGGGAUCUGGCAGAUACACUGGGGAGUAAUGCUGGCUCUUUGAUCCAGCAGUCUCUUUUCAGCAGGGACUUCUUGAAUGAAUGUCUGUCAUCCGAUGAUGAAACUAUCAAGGAAUCUGCCGAAUGGGCCAAGUUAGCCAUCACAAAAGCCAUCUCGGUAUGACAAAAGAGGUUGCCGUUUGCACAGCAAUUGACGUUCUCUUUCCUUAAGAGAAGUCAUGCCAGCAUUUGGUGUACUUCUGAGUAAUUUUUCCGGGUUUGGUUUCUGCAUCUAUCUACUCAUUGAACAACAAUUUUCAGAUGGCAAAAUCAUUGGUUUUUGAACAGAUGAAUGUAGUAGCCAGUGGGCUGUUGUUAAAGGUUUAGAACAAUACUUGUAAGACUCCCUGGUGCCUUAAGAUUUUACAAGAUCCAAAUUUUCGCUUCUGUUGCUAGAUUUAAUCCUUUUUGGUUACGGCAUUGUGCUGUACUAAGUUUCUUUUUGGUUUUGCCUUUCCAAGUCGCAAUCUUGCAUGAAUAAGAGGAAGUACAGACAACAGAACAUUUGAAAUCAACGGAUUAGUGCAGCUGCUGCUAAGAAUGUUGCUUGGUUUAGGGUAGAUCAUCUGCUACUACAACAAACAUACAUAAGUGGGGAAGAAGCAAUGAGGUAAUCAGGUGAACUCUUCCUUCAGGUAAUCAGGUCCAGGCCUGAACGGAUCGGAAACCUCGUAAGCUUCCGGUCGGUAAAACCCGGCAUCGUUCAUCCUGUUGCUGAGCACAUGAAGGAUGGCCUUCUUGUUCCCACCAUACUCGUCUCUGUUCCGCUCGAUGUACUCCGUCGCCUCUGCCGCCACCUCGUUGACGAACUCGUACUUGUUGUCUUCGUUCUUCAUCAGCCACUCUAUGUCGAACGACAGCAUCUUCCCGUUCUCUCUUAUCUUCCUCACUUGCUCCUCCAGGAACGGAACUCUCCCCAGUUUCACUCGCAUCAUAUCGUCCUCCUUCGUCUGCAAAACCAUAUCGGAUCGUGUUGGUCAAUUGUGCCAUUGUUUUGCCAUGAGCACAAUUAUCAACCCAAUCUCAUAACUGUUCUCUCUUGGAUCUUAUCCUAAGUUCCUUAUUCCUAACCGCUGUAGCUAGUCUCGUCGAAUAACGAAAUACAUACCCAUGGAUAACGAUAAACAGCAGUGGAAUUCGGAAAAGGUAGAGAGGUUUAUAUAAUAGUGUACCAAUUUCCUCCGGCGCCACACUUGCCGGCGGUUUCGCG